UGGUCGUAAGACACCCAAACGUCCAGUCCAGUUGCGGAUGUUUGGCGUUGAAACGCGCAGGUUUUGAUUUUUAGUGGAAAAUUUAGUUCUCGGAAGAUUGUUUAGUGAUCUUUAGUUACAAAUAAGGAACACGAUUUAUUAGUAAAAGGGAAAUAUGCCGCCCAAUCAAAAUAAUGUAGCGGCUUCGGUCACAUCCUUGAAAAUUGCCAUCAUUGGACAAAGCCCCUUUGCUGUAGAUGUUAUGGAAAAACUAAUACAACAUGGACAUCUCAUAGUUGGCGUUUUUACCAUACCUGAUCAAGGAAAAAGAGAAGAUCCAUUAGCGAAAGCUGCAUCUGAGCACGAUAUUCCUUGUUUUAAAAUCAAAGCUUGGAGAAGCAAGGGAGUGGCCUUACCAGCUAUUUUAGAAAAAUACCGAAGUGUCAAUGCGGAUUUGAACGUGUUACCUUACUGUUCACAAUUUAUACCUAUGGAUGUCAUAAACUAUCCUAAAUUAAAAAGCAUAUGUUACCAUCCUUCAAUACUACCCAGGCAUAGAGGAGCCAGUUCAAUUAAUUGGACUCUUAUUUGUGGAGAUAAAAAAGCGGGACUGACCAUAUUCUGGGCCGACGAUGGACUUGAUACUGGCCCAAUCUUGUUACAGGAAGAAUGUGAAGUUCUGGAAGAUGACACAGUCGAUACCAUAUACAAAAGGUUUUUAUAUCCUGUCGGAGUGUCAGCUGUUGCACGAGCUGUAGAUAUGGUAGCCGAUGGCACUGCUCCUAAAAUAAUACAAAGUGAAAAAGGAGCAACGUACGACCCUAUGUUAAAUAAAGCGGAAUUGCAAAAGAUUGACUUUACAAAGACUGGCUUGGAACUUCAUAACUUUAUCAGAGGUAUGGACUCAGUACCAGGAGCUAGCUGUCAAAUAAAACUUCCUGACACAGAAAGUUUUCAAGAAGCUUUACUCUUUGGUUCAAGUAUAUGGAAAGGUUCGGUUCCAAUAGGCAAAGAGAUUGAAAUUCAGAAUACUUCACCCGCUAUUCUACAUGAUGGAGGGCUAUUACUUAGAGGUUCAGAUGGAGAAUAUAUUAAUAUUAAAAAAAUAAAAAUUGGAGGCAGAAUGAAGAAUGCUUCAACUAUUGACCAAGUCACCCAACAAGUCAAAUUAGACUACACUCAUGAAGAGCACGGUCAUAUAGAAGAAGUAAGGGACAUUUGGGAGGCUAUAUUAAGUAUAGAUAUAGAAGACGAUACGGACUUCUUUGCAUCAGGUGCAGGUUCUAUGGAUGUUGUAAGAUUGGUGGAAGAAGUUAAAGAUGUCUUCAACGUCGACUUUGAAAAUGACGAUGUUUUCAUGGCACCUAUAUUCUCCGAAUUUGUUUUAAACGUAGUUUUGAAAAGUAGAGGAGCUAUAGGCAACGCUGAAAUUAAAUACAGAGCCAUAGAAUUGGAAAUUAAUAAACGCAAGAUAAAGUUUCCUUGUCAGCUGUUUAUCAAUGGGGAAUUCGUAGACGCCGAGGGAGGUCAAUAUCUAUCUACCGUAAAUCCCGCUACGGAAGAAGUUAUUUGUGACGUACAAUGCGCUUCAGUCAAUGACGUGGAUAAGGCUGUGAUAGCUGCCAAAAAAGCAUUUGAAGAGGGACAGUGGAGCAAAAUUAGUGCCAGAGAAAGGGGACAGCUCAUGUUCAAAUUAGCCGACCUAAUGCAAGAGCACAAAGAAGAACUGGCAAUAAUUGAGAGCAUAGAUUCGGGGGCUGUUUACACGCUGGCCCUGAAGACGCACAUAGGAAUGAGUAUCGAAACGUGGAGGUACUUUGCCGGUUGGACGGAUAAAAUUCAAGGAUCGACCAUACCAAUUUCUCAUGCCAGGCCGAACAGAAAUCUUAGUUUUACCAAAAAAGAACCGAUUGGGGUUUGCGGUUUGGUGACUCCGUGGAACUAUCCUUUGAUGAUGUUAUCGUGGAAAAUGGCGGCGUGUUUAGCUGCUGGAAAUACUGUAGUGAUUAAACCAGCACAAGUAUCACCCCUUACGGCUUUGAAAUUUGCCGAAUUAACAGUCAAGGCGGGAUUCCCACCUGGUGUUGUCAACGUUGUUCCAGGCAGAGGGAGUGAGGCUGGAAAUGCUGUCGCAACACAUCAUCUGAUAAGGAAGCUUGGGUUCACUGGUAGUACUGAAAUUGGACAAGUCAUAAUGAAAAAUUGUGCCGACUCGAAUUUGAAAAAAGUUUCGCUUGAACUGGGGGGAAAAUCACCUCUAGUUAUAUUCAACGACUGUGAUUUAGAUAAAGCUGUUCGUCUGGGCAUGCAGUCAGUUUUCUUUAACAAAGGUGAAAAUUGUAUAGCAGCUGGUAGACUGUUUGUAGAAGAAGACGUAUACAAUGAGUUUAUAAGAAGAGUCGUUGUAGAAACUAAGAAAAUUGCUAUUGGUGAUCCACUUAAUAAGUCUACAGCUCAUGGACCUCAGAACCACUUAGCCCAUCUUAAUAAAUUAUUACAAUAUGUUCAAAUAGGUAUUAAAGAAGGUGCAAAAUUAGAAUAUGGUGGCAAAAGAGUUAAAAGACUAGGAUACUUCUUUGAACCAACGAUAUUUAGCGACGUUGAAGAUCACAUGUAUAUUGCUAAAGAGGAAUCAUUCGGUCCAAUUAUGGUUAUUAGCAAAUUUAAUAAUGGCGAUAUAGAUGGUGUAAUCAAAAGGUCCAAUGCCACAGAGUAUGGUUUAGCAUCGGGCGUAUUUACAAAGGACAUUUCGAAAGCUUUAAAAUUUGCGGAAAAAAUAGACGCAGGAACGGUCUUUAUCAACACGUACAAUAAAACUGACGUAGCUGCACCUUUUGGUGGGUUUAAACAAAGCGGUUUCGGAAAAGAUUUAGGGCAAGACGCUCUCAAUGAAUAUUUGAAAACAAAAUGUGUUACGGUGGAAUACUAAAAACAUAGUUUUUAAAACUUAUAUUUACAGCUUAUUUAUUCUUUUUUAAUGACUAGAAAGUAAGCAUUAAAUUCCUUUAAAUCCUAUAUAACUGCCCUUAUUAUAAAUGCGUCAUAAGUUAUUAUAACUAUCCUCUGUAUAUAAUAUAUUAAGUGUUAUUUUUUAUUAGUAGAUACAACUAAUUUGCAAAAUUAUUACAUGUGUAUAUUGUAGUCAAUAAGUACCUAUAAUAUAAUUUGUAUAUUA